UGCAGUUACAGGUUAAAAGACUACUAUAGGGAAAAGCCAGAGGAGUGGGCUGUGAGGGAAAGAGUGUUCAUAAACUAGCCUUUCAGAUUGAAUGUCUUCUCCUGAAAUAAAAAGAUUGCUCCAGACUUGCAUGAAAGGUAUCAAGACAAGGGUCAAUGAACGGAUUACAGCACAACAUCAAAACAAGCCAACUGGCAGGGGAAUUCAGACCGCGACUAACCACACCCGUUUCCGAACAGGCAGAUCCAGGUUCCUGUCGGCUCUGGUACUUCCAGGAUUGUGUUGCUCUUCUGAAACCAGCAUUCCUUCCAUCUGCAAUGACAACCUGGAAGGAAGAUGGGGCUGCGAUCAGGAUGAAGUAACCGAGGAGUUUUGGGUUGCCUCGCUACCCGUAGUCUGCCCUCACAACAGCGGCGCCCCGAAGACGACCCCGUUGCGGAAGCUAGAGGAACCAUGGCACUUCUCGCCGCCGCGGCCGCCGCCGCCGCGCUUUCCCUAGUGCUCGUUCUCCUUGCUGCGCGGUUCUUCCGAACGAAGCAGGAACGCGUCCCGCAUAAAGAUUCAGUGAAGCUCCUGGCGGUGGCCGGGUCUGGAGGGCACACUACAGAAAUCUUGAGACUACUUGGAAGUCUCUCCCAGAAGUACUCUCCGAGACAUUAUGUUUUGGCUGAUUCAGAUAAGAUGAGCGAGGAAAAAAUCCGUUCCUUUGAACAAAAAAGAGCCGAAAUGUUCUCUAAUUGCUUGUUCACCCUCCACCGCAUUCCCAGAAGCCGGGAAAUCCAUCAGUCAUGGAGCUCUUCAGCGCUUACAACUUUGCAUUCCAUGUUUUCCUCUCUUCCUUUGACCUUCAGACUCAAGCCAGAUUUGGUGCUAUGCAAUGGUCCUGGGACAUGUGUUCCCAUAUGCAUAUCUGCCCUUCUACUCAGGAUGCUGGGAUUAAAAAGAGUAACCAUUGUGUAUGUUGAGAGCAUCUGCCGUGUGGAAAACUUAUCCCUGUCAGGAAAGAUUCUUUAUUAUUUUUCAGAUUACUUCAUUGUUCAGUGGCCUGCUCUGAAAGAAAAAUAUCCCAAGUCUCUCUAUCUUGGGCGAAUAGUGUGACAACAAAAGACAAACUUAGCUUGUGGCACUAGAACUAUUUCCAGACAUUUUAAGCCUCUGAACUUUCCAACCAUCCGACAGUUUGGGGAUCAUGUGUUUGAAGAAAUUGUAUAUUUGCACAGACUUGGAAGUCAGUUCCUACAUGAACUGGGAUGAAUGUGUGGGUAAAACUAGCAUUCUACGAAUUGCACUGCUUACUACAGUAGUUCUCAUCUGGCAUCUCCCCUACCCCUGCAUUGUGAUAUGGGCACCCUUGCUCCCCUUCCAGCCAAAGGAACACCUUUCUAAUGUGGCUCAAAAUAAAGAGAACAAAGCAA